GCUUUUUGCGUUUUGCUUCGGUGUUUCCAAGUCGGCCGAAUCCUAACGACAGUUUUAUGAAAACCAAAAAUUCAACCAAAUCUCCUAAUUGAAGAGAGGAAAAACGUAAAUUUACAGGAUUCCUAAUUUACGCGGAUCUCAUCAUAUUUGUAAAUUUCCCCCUUUUCAGAACAUUUUUCUUUUCCCCUGAUUUCAACCUCUCCGCCUUCUUCAAGGAGCUUUAAGUCUCAAGUGGUUUGCUCCUUGAAAGAUCGGAAUUGGUUUCUUGUUGAAGGAGGUGAAUUCGGAUAUGCAGAGCGAGGUCGUUUGUAGUCGGUGUAGGAACAUUCUUCUUUAUCCUAGAGGGGCUACAAAUGUGUGCUGUGCAUUGUGCAAUACAAUUACCCAAGUCCCUCCUCCUGGAAUGGAAAUGGCUCAACUCGUAUGUGGAGGGUGUCGAACAUUGCUAAUGUAUACAUGUGGAGCAACAAGUGUAAGAUGCUCUUGCUGUAACAUCAUUAACCAUGUGACAGCAUCCAACCCGAUGGCUCACAUCAACUGCGGGCACUGCCGUACAACACUGAUGUAUCCAUAUGGAGCUCCAUCAGUCAAAUGUGCUGUCUGUCAUUAUGUUACUAAUGUUGGUACGGGAAAUGUAAGGUGUCCACUUCCGGCAAGCAGACCGAAUGCCACAGGGACUAUGCCAUCUACUUCAACAAGCCAAACAGUAGUUGUUGAGAAUCCCAUGUCAGUUGAUGAGAGUGGCAAAUUGGUGAGCAAUGUGGUGGUUGGCAUAACAACAGACAAAAAAUGAUCCAAUGCUGCUUUUUUUCUUUUCUUUGUUCUUUUUUUGGAUUUCAUUGGAGGAGAAUGCAAACAAACAUGGUUAUGAAUGCAGCGCCAUUAGUGGUGUAUAUUAUAUUGAAAAUGGAAAUCAUAAACACUUUGUUCAA